CCAGGAAAAGGAAAAAACACAGAAAAGAGCGCACAUAAACCAAGCAGCAGGUGGCACUCCUUAAUAUUUGCCUUGCCUCACCCAUGGCUUUCAACUGUGAAUAAAAACUACCAUCUUUUUGUUCGGAAACCACCCACUAAAGCAUGCACACGCAGACGACAGAAAGGAGUGUAAAUACGUUGGGGGCCACUCCUUGGCAGCCGUCGCCGUUUCCGCUGCCGUUUCGGUGUGGAAUUUCAACCCCUGAAGAACUGAAGCUCCGAGCAGGACGACGGCAGUACGCGACUGGAAACGGCGCAGUGUGAAUUGGCGAUUGGUGAUUACGCGAUAAAGAUCUUGGCAGCUGCUACAAAUCGCGUUGACAAAUUGCAACGGCUUUAAAUCAAUCGCGGAGCAUUAAAAGACCCCCCCUCCCCCCUUCUUCUGCGAUGGAUCAGGACGCGGAAGCCAUCCUGGAGCACGAGACCAGUCUGGGGUUGCGCGUUUGGCAGCUCAUGUUCAUCUGUCUAGGCUCGGUGCUGGCCGUGGUGGUGAUGCUGUGCUGUUGCAUCCGGUUCCGAAUUCCACGCACCAAGCAGGACAUCGAGGCGGACUACCGGCGGAAGCGGCUGACCAGAAAGUUUCGCGAGCGGCUCGACUGCAUGAACAAUACCGAGAUUGACGAGAUGGACCUGCUGAAAGCGCUCGAUCGGGUACGGCAACAGUGUCUGGUGGAGGCGCAGAAAUCCAGUCGGAACGAAGUGGUCGUGAAUUUUGAGUACCACGAUGGUGAUGUGUUUAAAAGUGCUUAAAUACUUUGAAUAAAAUCAU